CAAGCCUUAUUAUCACCAACACUCCAUAGCUGAAGCUCGCUCUGUUAGAAAAUUCUCAAAAAUGGGUUUGUGUCUCUCUACAUUGUGGUAGUGUUGUACUUCAUUUUAGCUUUGUGAAUCGUUAAUGGUGUUUUUGUUAGUGUAAAUCUCCAUUGUAGAGCUACAGAACUAGGCGUAUCUUGGUGUUUUUUUGUUUAGGGUCGUGACAGUGUAAAGGUGAAGUUUUUAUUUUUGGCUACAAUGACGGAAACCCUAGAUUCUGGAUCUCGAGGGGUGUUGGGUGAAAUAGUGGAGAUGAAUUCGAAUGUAAUGGAGCUUGAUCAGAGUAAUGUUUUGAAUGAUUCGGGUUCGAAAAUGAGGUUAGACAGGAAGAACAGUUCUGAGACCGAUAAGGGUUUGAGGAAGAGAGCGGAGAUCGAUACUUCGGCUCCGUUUGAAUCGGUGAAAGAAGCCGUAAGUCGUUUUGGUGGAAUUGGUUACUGGAAACCCUCUCAUUCUUCUAAGCUUUCUCAACAACAUCAUGAGUAUGAGGUGGUGGAAGAGCUUGAUAUAACAAAAUUAGAGGAGCAGGCAUUGCAUUUGGAGAAAGAUUUAAUCAUCAAAGAAAGGGAAACCUUGGAUGUUUUGAAAGAUUUGGAGAAGACUAGAAUGAAUAUGGAAGAGUUGAAGCAAAAGCUACAGAAAGAAGCUGCUGAAGUCAAUCUAGCUCUUCAGGCUAAUGCAGCUGACAAGAAUGUGAAUGAAGCAGAUAAGGAAAAUCGUGGGGAUGAGGGAAAUUUUUGUGCUCCUGUGGAAAGCAUAAACACCACCUGCCCUUCAUCAGCCCCGGGUUUGAUCUUAAUGGAAUUGAAACAGGCAAAGCUGAAUCUUACUCGGACUACAACUGAUCUUGCUGAUAUUCGAUUUUCUGUUGAUGUUUUCAACAAGAAGUUGGAGAAAGAAAGACUUUCGCUUGAGAAAACGCGUGAGAGAUUAACUCAGAAUUCUUCGAAGAUAUUAUCGCUUGAAGAAGAGCUUAACCAAACGAAAGUGAAGUUGCAAUUGGUGAAGGAUGCUGAAAGUAGAUGUGUUUCUGAUAGCCCAUCAGAUAUUUCGAAGGAGCUUCAAAGGUUGAGUUUUGAGGUUGAUCAGUUCAAGCAAAUGGGAGAAGCUGCUAGAUCAGAGGUUUUGAGAGCAACACAGGAGAUUGAACAGACGAAAACUAAGAUAAAAACAGCUGAAAUUAGGUUGAUUGCAGCCAGGAAAAUGAAGGAGGCUGCUAGAGCAGCUGAAGCUGUUGCUCUUGCAGAGAUUAAAGCUAUGUCAUAUCCUGAUGGCUUGUCUGGAGGUGGAGAUUUUUCUCAAAAUCAAGGAAUUACUCUUACAUACGAGGAGUAUUCGUCACUGAUCUGCAAAGCUCGAGAGGCUGAAGAACUGUCCAAGAAGAGAGUAGUGGAUGCUAUGAAUCAAGUUGAUGAUGCAAACAUUUCGAAAAUGGAUAUUUUGAAAAAGGUAGAAGAGGCAACUGAAGAAGUCAGAACCAGUCAAAAGACACUGGAAGAAGCUCUGAGCAGAGUGGAAGCAGCAAACAGAGGGAAACUAGCAGUUGAAGAAGCUCUACGCAGAUGGAGAUCCGAACAUGGUCAAAGAAGACGCUCUUCGGUUCAUAACUCAACCAAAUUUAAGAACUCUCACCCGUCUCACCACCGAAGAGAUUCACGUCUCCUCGAUGUGAAUGGACUACACAUGGUGACUGAUGGGUCAAAACCUGUUUUGAAGCCAACAUUGUCAAUUGGACAAAUUCUAAGCAGGAAGCUGCUGCUGCCCGAAGAGCUUGAAAUGGGAUUGUCUGGAAAAGGUUCUGGAAAACCAAAGGUUUCAUUGGGUCAAAUGCUUGGUAAACAAAAUGGUGAUAUACCAUCUUCUUUGAGACCUGAGAAAGAAAAUUGUAACAAGCAAUUUUCUUGUAAGAGAAAGAAGUUUGGAUUUGCUCGUUUUUCACUACUCUUGACUAAUCAAAGUAAGAAGAAGAAGAAGAUGUCAAUGAUGAACUUGAACUUGAGGUAAUGCAAUGAAUCCUUCAUUGUUGAUCAUAUUAUAUUCCUAAUUAUCAUUAGUGUUGUUUGAUUUAAUUGUUGUAUCUGCUUACUGUUAUUUCUAUCCUUGAUUGUAAAAAUGUUUGUGAUAUAUAUGUUAUAUAUCUCAUGUCAUAUGCUUUUAACAUAUUAAUAUAUAUAUAUCUAAGCUUUGUAUUCA